AUGUUAUAUCCCAGUACGAAUUACCUGGAAAGCCUCACGAAGCCCAACGUAAAGCCUGUCUUUGGAAAUAUCAAGGAAUAUAACACCGUCUGGCGACAUUAUGCUAGACGGCAGCGACCCCUUGCCAAUUCACCCCUUAUCAUUUGCAUUGAGGCGCAGGAACACUAUAUCGCCAAGUUUCUCAACCGGUGGCAGAAAGAAGACAUCCGCACGUUCGAGCCCAAGUUAGAAGCGGUCGAUGAUUUCAUGGAGCAGAAGGACUUGUUCAUGAAGAGCACAAUCUGGGAGAACGACUGUCGAUCCUGGUUUAAAAAACGCCAACACCGGCAAGUUAGUGGCCAAGACACGCAGUGGGAGGAAAAGUCUUCGCGGUCUGGGUUCAGAAAGACCACGUACUAA